AUGGCUGGACCUGCUGCCGCUGUGGUGAGUCGGGGAACAGGAUGGAAGGAUGCAUUGGGCCACCUGCAGGGGGGAUGUCGUGCGCUCAUUUUCUUUGUAAUCGCUGCCAAUAUUCGUGAAGGGGCAGCCAGCUAUACGGCAAGCGCAGCAGAACCCUUAACUUUUGGAGUAGAAGCUGCGUUGAACGGCGGAGCUGUUGAGACGAGUCUUCACCUUCUGUUAAGUUCACGUCCAGCCUUCCGUUCCUCCACGGGGCGUUCUCAGCAGACCACUUUGAAAGGUUCACACACACUGGAGGUUACAAAUUUCGAAAGCUGUAGCGAAGAGGCCGCGGGCCGUGCUUUUGUCAACCUUAUUGUCACGGGCGGCGAACAGGAGCUCUCGGACGAUCAUUUUAUGGCUGCCAUGUUCCUCUGCUUCGCGACAGGUUCGCGAGAAGAUCAGCCGUGCCAUCCGAGGGGAGUCGGCCCAGGUAUCCGGCGUGGCAGAUCUCGGACGGUCGAGCACAGGUUGCGUGGCCAGGAGACCGUUGAGUUGGAUACAGACCUCUACGGUGCGGACGGUGCGGACGGUGCGGAUCUUGAAACCAGCGGUACAGUAGACUGGUGGUGA